ACCAAGAUGUUGUCAAAGCUGCUCAUACCACUACUACUUGUUCAUCAAAUAACAGCCGAUGGCUGUGGAGUUUGCCAGCCGGAGAGCAAUACGGCUUGUCACAGUGAAAAUACGUUUUCCAUAUGUAUGGAUGGAAAGGCUACAGCUGAUAUUAUUCCGUGUCCAAAGGACUUUUAUUGCACUGAUGGAAAGUUUACUUGCUAUGAAAAUGAACAGCCCAUCUGCAAGCCCAAGGCCAAUGAUGAGGUUACCCAGCCUCCAACAACAACUGAGAAGGUUUGGGAACCUGUAGAUUUUUGCACAUCUGCCGGAGAUGGCGAAUAUGCCAACAAGGAUGAUCCGACUUGUAAGACGAAAAUCUAUUGCUACCUCGGCGGCACCGGUAAAUACCAAUACGAGAUUUAUCCGUGUGGCACCAAAAAACCUUAUUUCGAUGAAGCAUUGGGUAAAUGUGCAGCUCAGAAACCCGAACACUGCAUCGAUUCCUAAGAACUAAAGAAUAAAGUAAAAAUAAGCUUAUCCGCCA